UGACACAGUGUCCGUCGUUCGGUGUGAGUGAUGAUCGGAAAGACGCCAUGGGUUGAGGUGUGUCUGGCUCUCGGAGGUUUUGUCUUUUUGUCUACAUUUUCUGUAUGCAGCCCUCAAGACUACUACAACCAAGAACCUUUAGACUCCAACGAGCAAAGGCUACGUCAUUUCGCUAUAAGUAGAACCAAACCACUUAUUGCAAGCAGGGUAACUGGGGUUGUCAAAUGGUUCAACGUCAAGAGCGGCUAUGGAUUCAUCAACAGGCAUGAUACCAAAGAAGACGUUUUUGUUCAUCAGUCUGCCAUCAUAAAAAACAACCCGAAGAAGGCAGUGCGCAGCGUAGGAGAUGGUGAGGUCGUGGAGUUUGACGUCGUUGCCGGGGAGAAGGGCAACGAGGCGGCCAAUGUGACGGGACCAAACGGAGAACCGGUGAAGGGGUCCCCGUACGCUGCAGACAAACGUCGGAACUACCGACCCCAGUGGUACUUUGGCGCACGGCGCGGUGGCAUGAGAGGCGGCCCCCCCGGCCGCCGCCCCCGGGACAGUCAGGAAGGGUACGACAGUCCGAAAGACGAAGAGGGGGUGACAGACGGGGAGGAGCGGGGACCCCCCCGCCGCUACAGGCCCCGCCGUCAUUUCAGAGAUUAUGGAGGAUACCGUGGAGGACGGGGGGGUCGUGGUCCUGCCUCCGGAGACGAUCAGGGUGAAGGAGGGAACCAGUCAUCAGGAGGUGGUGGAGAGUACGAGGGAGGCGAGCCGAGGAGGGGGAGAGGGGGCGCACCACGCCGAUUCUUCCGCCGCAACUUCAGAGGGGGACGUCCGCCCCCGCCUCGUGCUCGUAGCUCCGAAGGCCCCCAGAACAACAGUGAGGGGGAGGGAGAUGGGGGGAGGAAGGAGAGUGGUGGGGGACGAGGCGGCCGUCGUGGUGGUUAUAACAACCGCCGCAGGCCUGCACGCAACCAUCGCAACAGUGCCCGAGACAGUGAAUCUAAACCACCUAAGUCGGAGGCUGCUGAUGCUGAACCGCCCACUGCUCAGCCUAAAGAAGCUACCCAGCCUGUACAGAACACCGUCACGGAGAGUGCUGCUUAACAAUCUUCAUUUCUUUUGUUUCCGUUAACAUCCAGUUUUUGUGUUAGUGCAUGAACUAUUUAUAUUUAAACAUUGACGGUUGAGUUUGGUUUCGUCGGGGGAUAAACUCUUUAGUUUGUGUUUUCCCUAAGGUUUGUAGUGAUCUCGGCAUCUCAUUUCGGCUCCCAAUUUAUUGUUUUAGCUUUACCGACAGGGAUUUUAUUAUUUUUUUAUAUUUUGUCCAUUGAUUUAACAAAAUGUUAGUUUUACUUUUGACACUUUUAUUGUUAUUUAAAUUUUUAUAAAGGUUUUUCUUAUUUUUAGCUAUGUUAAUUUAUUAUUGUUUGAGCGUAGGAAAUGAGAUUUCCCAGGUUCUUUGAGUAUCAACCAUAAAAUCUGUGUUUUCAUAACAUAACCUAGUCGGUUAAUUGUAAGUGCACGGCAAAGUGAGUGGCUAGGCGCAGGAGGAGGUUUGCUGUGCGCUUGCAUCAGUUGUGUCAUGUCACGCUUGUCAUCAAUGCAGGUGUUUGUGGAAACAACAGCGCGUGAAACGAAAGAAUAUUCACGGGUGGCUUGAAGGGGAACCACACCGCCGUCUGGUCAUCUGUCCGGUGUGGGAUACCAUCACUAACAUCACAUAUUACCAUUAACAGCAUGAAGUCGGCUAAAUCGGCCGACAUUGAAGAUCAAAUCUCUGACGACUGUCCGUAACCGUCAUCAAAUGUGGGUACGGACCCGUCGUCACCAGGAACUUAUUACUGCCAAUUAGUAAUAUCGAUUACUUUAAAAGCAUGUUUUACAUCAAAUGUGGCAAAUUGUCGAUAUAUCGAAUUUAAAUUAUGUACAAAAAUGUCUAAAUCAAUUUUUUCACGAAACAUUUGCAUUUUGAAUAAACAAGCCAAAAAAAUGAA